GAGGAUGGUUGGAGUGGUGCAAAACUGGGCAGAAACCGGUUAAUGGAGAGCAUAUAUUUAAUACCGUGGGCUCGGCUGGCCUGCACUGACGUAUCCAGCCUCUGCUCCACCACAGUCAACAGAAACUCCAGUCCACUGACUGAAACAGAAACUUCUGCACAAGCUCAACAACAACAACCAACCAAAGUAAACCAAACUAAGGCCUCUCAGAUUGAAGAAUGGCUGAUCAACUCACCGAGGAACAAAUCUCCGAAUUCAAGGAAGCCUUCUCAUUAUUCGAUAAGGAUGGCGAUGGCACUAUCACCACUAAAGAACUCGGCACGGUCAUGCGCUCAUUAGGCCAAAAUCCAACUGAAGCCGAACUGGGUGAUAUGAUUAAUGAGGUCGAUGCCGAUGGAAAUGGGACAAUUGACUUCCCAGAAUUUUUAACCAUGAUGGCUCGAAAGAUGAAGGAUACGGAUUCCGAGGAAGAGAUCCGGGAAGCUUUCAAAGUGUUUGAUAAGGAUGGCAACGGUUUUAUCAGUGCUGCUGAACUCCGUCAUGUUAUGACUAAUCUUGGCGAGAAGUUGUCGGACCAAGAAGUGGAAGAGAUGAUCCGAGAGGCUGAUGUGGAUGGAGAUGGGGCAAUCAACUACGAGGAGUUCGUUCGGAUGAUGCUUAGUAAAUGAUCGUCUUAUGCUCCCAAUCCAAUCCAAUCCAAUUCAAAAACAAAUAAAUAAGGAGAAGUUAUCGAUUUCAGAAGACAGCAUGUCUCUAAUGAUCUCAAACAGAAGAAGGAAGUUACAACUCAAAACAAAAACCCCAAUGAGGGAGUCUUUCAGAGUUUUAUAAGUCGUUUGAAAAAAUCCAAGCCUCAUUUUUCUUUCUCUUGGCUGUUUUUUUGGUUUGCUUUUUUGUCAGUGAAGUAUUGUUCUUCUUCCUUCCUCCCUUCCUACUAUCCAAAUCCAAACAAAUAACUAACUAUAUACAAAUAGUUUCAGUAAGCGAGGUCUAGUAGAUCUCUUUUUUUGUGUAUUCCCUUUCUCAUUUUUUUUUUCGCUUCCUGUGUGAAUAUCAUUAUCUUUAAAAAAAAGCAAAAUUUCAGAUACGUCUCUUGCC